UAUAAUCUCAACCAACAAGAAGAGAGAGGAACCCACGCGACUUUGGCGGUAAAGUGGUUCGAUUGCAAGCGGUUCACGUCUCAUGCCGAUCCAAUCCCAACGAACCAGAGGCUAACGGUCGUCAAAUUGGAUGCGUCCUAAAAACCACCACUAACCGCAAACCAAACGAAACCCCAACGGAGUCCGUCGACUCGAGCGAUAAAUAUGGUGAUAUAUGUAGUAGGAGAAGAAGAGAUGGCGGUGGUGAAGGGUGGCGAUGUUGGGGAGCAACCUGUCAAGGGUUCAUGGAACCCGGAGGAGGACGCGGUUCUUAUGCGGCUGGUGGAGCAGCACGGGCCGCGCAACUGGACAGUGAUCAGCGCGAGCAUCCCCGGGCGGUCGGGGAAGUCGUGCCGGCUGCGGUGGUGCAACCAGCUCAGCCCCACCGUACACCGCCGCCCCUUCACCCCCGCCGAGGACGAGGCCAUCGUCGCGGCCCAUGCUCUGUACGGAAACAAGUGGGCCACCAUCGCCCGCCUCCUCCCCGGCCGCACCGACAAUGCCGUCAAGAACCACUGGAACUCCACCCUCCGCCGCCGCCUCCAAGCCGCCGCUGACGCGGUCGACGCGUCCGCCUCCGAGCGACCCGUCCCGUCCUCCCCGAUGCAGCUCGACGCCGCGGCCACAGCGCCCGUUGCCGCCGACUCCGACGAGCCGGGCGAGUCGGACUCGGGCUCGCUAUCUGGGAAGCGCCCGUGCUUGAGGGACGACGACGCGACUGACGGCAGCGCCGGGGGGUCCGGUCCGGUUACGUCUCUAACUCUUGGACGGCUAGGGGAGGGCGGCGGGACAGACGGCGGUGGAGGGCGGCUGUGGGAGGAGCCGACGGCGGGGAUGUGCUUGUUGGCUAUAAUAAGAGAGAUGAUAGUGGAGGAGGUGACGAGUUACAUGAACCGACUUCCAUCGGGAGGAGGAAGCGGCGGUGGCAGCUCCAUCAUCAUCGGGACCGAUUCCGCAUCCAACGGCCAGGAUUGAUUCUAAGUCUCGAUCUUCUAAUAAAUGAUGGUGAUGCUACGACCGAACAUGUCUUUUGCUUGAUCACAAAUGUCAGCAGCAUCUUCCUCUUCUAACGCUCCUUCAUUGGCAUCAGAGAACACCACCAACACCGACAAGCUUGCUGCAGAUGGUGAUCGAGGUGAGGCAAG